AAUCGAUGCGAGUGUACGUAUAAAGUGUAAACAAAAACACAUUUCACACAAUAUUCACAUCCAAUCACAAAAGACAGUGUAACACACUACACAAUGUGAACCAAGUGAUCAUAUUAUCAUUCUACGUAAGACAAUUGUAAUGUUUCGAAGUGUUUUACAAUAGUUUCGAUGAUUUUAGCAGGUUUUACUGCAUGUGAUGUUUUGACUCAGUGUUGCGCAUGUGCGAAGUUACCCGACCGAAAUGAAAAGCUCCUCGGUUUGGAUCAAAAUCAUCAACAAAUGUCUAACGAAGUGGAGAAACAUCGGAAGUGUGCAAUCAUGACUCGGCUAAAAUGUUUUUGUUUUUUCGUCUUCGCCAUCGCUGUAUAUCAAAUGUAAGACAAAUGAUAUCUGCACGUUUUUUCUUUUGCAUAACCUGCAUUAGCUUCGCCAUUUCAAUUAUUUGGAUACAUUUCAUUGAUGCACGUAAUUAUUCCAAUAAUGAUAGCUUAGUCAGAGAAGCGCUGGAGAACGUCGCGAAAGACCACAGAUUUGCUGAAGUUUACAGAAAAGCGGACAGACUAUCUAAGGACAUGAAAUAUAUGUUGCUCUGGACAGGUGAUGAACUUGAGCCAUUUAAUACUUUCGGACGUGGCCAAAGAGCAUUCAUCCAACGAAAUUGUUUCAUUAUAAACUGCUACGUUACCAACGAUAGGAACUUUUUUGGCGGAGAUGUUACCAAAUUUGACGCUAUAGGAUUUAACGGAAGAUCCAUGGAGUCAAUGUCACCUUGGGAUCUCCCAGGUAAAAGAAUCAACACGCAAAAAUAUAUAUACUUCAAUAUGGAAUCAGCUGACAACUAUCCAGUAUGUUAUGAGCAUUUUGAAAACUUUUUUAACUGGACGUCGACUUAUAAGUUAGAUUCAGAUAUACCGUAUCCAUAUAUACACAUAAAGAAUAUAAACGGAGAAGUGAUUGGUCCCAAAGCUGAAAUGAAAUGGGUCGAAAGUUCUGGUCCAAUUGAUAAUGACGUGUACCGAUUAAUAGAGAACAAAACCAAAGCAGUAGCAUGGUUUGUAUCCAAUUGCAAGAGCAGAAAUCAUCGGAUUAAACUUGCAAAGAAUUUGAAUAGAUCGUUAUCAAUAUAUGGUUAUUCAGUAGAUAUAUACGGGGAUUGUGGGGAACUUAAAUGUCCUCGAGAUGGGAACUGUAAUGAAAUACUUGAGAGGGAUUACUUCUUCUAUCUAUCGUUCGAGAAUUCGUUUUCAGAAGAUUAUGUAACGGAGAAGCUUUUGACCGCGUUACAGCACAAUGUGGUUCCAAUUGUGUUUGGUGGUGCGGAUUAUAGCAGAUUUCUUCCCCCUGGCUCGUAUUUGGACGCGAAAAGAUCGAAACCAGAUGAACUAGCCGCCACAAUAGCAACGCUUAUACGAUACCCCAAAACGUAUAGUCAUUACUUUAGUUGGAAAAAUAAUUAUAUCUACCAAGAUCCGUCCAAUUCUGACAAUGUAUGUUCUGUAUGUGCCGCACUGAACGAUAAAGAAUUAUUUGAAUCACAUAAGACAUAUAGCCAUUUCAGAUACUGGUGGAAUCCGAAUUAUUCAAAUAGAUGUAUGGAAUAACUCAGAUAAUUUUUUUAUGUAAUUUUCCAUCAAUUAAUGAUAUAAAUUUAAGUCGAGGCUUCAAUUAGUGCAUUUUUGUCUCCAUUUAGGUACUUUUUGAUUUAUUUCAAUUAUUUUUCAAAACAGUUCCAAGCUAUUUCGUUAUUUCGUUUAGUGUUAAAAAAUCCAUUGUAGUUUCUUUAAUUAACAAAUUUGAUUACAAGUCUUAACAGAUCUGGUAUACUUUUAUCGUCAUUCUAUUAAAGCAAACAGAAGGCCUUCCAUCAACUUUCAAUAAGCAAUUCAAUUCCGAUGCAGUUCAGUUUAGGUUUUAAUAAAACGAUUCACUUGACUGCUAAGAAAGUAGCAAUUUUUUUUUAAUCUCACUUUGACACAUAAGUUAUCCAGUUUUGGUUGAAUAUUACCUCAUGGUACGAAUGAAUGAACGAACUAAAACAGUUUGCGAUUCAAUUGCCGACUUGAUUUGACGUCAACCUAAACUCCAUCGCUCAAAUGACGUCGUGUUAUGAGGUAGCAAAGCAGUUCAUUUUAGGUCGUCAAUUGAAUAGAUUGCUAUUACUAAGAGUUCAUGGUAGGCCCGCAGAUCUUUUAUAUUUACGCACAAGAAAAUGUGACGAUACGAAUCAGAACUUCCCCUAAUUAUAAUAAAUGAUACACACUGUCCAUUACAAUGCAGUGCCGAUCGGGAUUCUUGAAAAACACAAACUUCUGAGCAGUAUUUUCGAAUUCAUAAAGGGCUUCACACACGGCAGCUAUAAUGUUAUAUUAACAUUACAUUCCGGUAUUUAGCUUUAAAUUAUCUAAUGUAUGUAUGUACACACAACAGUUAAUAUAAUGAAUGUUCAUUCAAUUGGUAUACGACCCAACUUUGCAUAGAGAUUUUUAAUGAUGUAUCGAAAUAUAAAUGUAUAUUUUCGUAUCUUGCUGUAUGAAGAUGUGAAAAUGUACGUUAUAGCUCUCGUGUGUGGUCUUCUGGUGAUUUCUACGGAAAGAUGUAUAGUAAUAACAACUUAUCUGUGAAGUGGCAAAAAUAGGAACUACAGUCGCUAUGUUGAAAUGUCAUUCGACUGUCAGUGUCUACUACUUUCGAGUGUUCCGUGUGUUUUAUUGCGAAACUUCCACUGACCUCUACUAUAUAACACUGGCCUGGCGGCUGUCCAAGUGCUUUUGUGCCUGUUUGAUAUUCGCCAUUUUGGCGCUGUUGGCCAUGUAGCGAGAGUCUGCGGUACUAAAACUAGUGUUGACAACCUUAGCAAACAUCGAUGGAUGGUGGGAAACUAUUUACAAAAA